AUGCACUGCUUCUACAAACAUUUGUGAAAGACUGUGCAAUAAGUCCAGCCAUGAAAUUUCCUUGCUACUAAAUAUUCCAUGGUCACCUGUUAGUGGUGUUAUAACAAAGUUAAAGCAACAUAAACUCAACCACGAAGUAGUAGGCCACAUAAAAUGACAGAGCGGGGUCAGCGCAUGCUGAAGCACACAGUCUGCAGAAGUUGCCAACUGUCUGCAGAGUCAAUAGCUAAAGACCUCCAAACUACAUGUGGCCUUCAGAUUAGCACAACAGCAGUGCAUAGAGAGCUUCAUGGAAUGCGUUUCCAUGACCAAUGAGCUGCAUCCAAG